GGCAGAGGCAGUAAGGGUGAGGCUUUCAUAGAAAGCCCUGUGAAGAAGCAUCAUAAAAACAGAGGGGUCACAAGUUCGCCGAGCCCACUCUACCUCCUUCAUCUCCUAGAGGUUAAAAGAGAGCGAGGGCAAAGCCCCAGACGCUGGGACCUACUCAGCCUUCCAGAGAAGAUGAAGCUCCUGCUGCUACUGCUGGCUUUUUCUCUGCCCCCCCGGACAAAGGCAGAGGAGAUCAUCGGGGGACAUGAAGCCAAGCCCCACUCUCGUCCCUACAUGGCUUAUCUUCAGACCAUGAACCAGGGUAUUCCGAGAAGGUGUGGUGGCUUCCUUAUACGAGAGGACUUUGUGCUGACAGCUGCUCACUGUUUAGGGAGCUCAAUAAAUGUCACUUUGGGGGCCCACAACAUCAAAGAACAGGAGAAGACCCAGCAGAUCAUCCCUGUGGCAAAAGCCAUUCCACACCCUGACUAUAACCCUCAGAAGAUCCUCAAUGACAUCAUGUUGUUAAAGCUGAAGACAAAGGCCAAGAGGUCUAAAGCUGUGAGACCCCUCAACCUACCCAGGCGCAAGGUCUAUGUGAAGCCAGGUGACACGUGCUAUGUGGCUGGUUGGGGAAAGUUGGCCCCACGGGGCAACUUGGCAAAUACACUACAAGAGGUGGAGCUGACCGUGCAGAAGGAUCAGGAGUGUGAGUCCCAAUAUCCAGAUGUUUACAACAAAGCUGUUGAGAUAUGUGUGGGAGACCCAAAGGUCAAACGGGCUUCCUUUAAGGGAGAUUCUGGAGGGCCUCUCGUGUGUAAGAAAGCAGCUGCAGGCAUUGUAUCCUUUGGACACAGUAAUGGUUCAACACCAAGAGCCUUCACCAGGAUCUCAAGUUUCCUAUCCUGGAUAAAGAAAACGAUGAAACGCAGCUAACGAUGGAGCAAACCAGACCCCUCCCUGAUUCACCAUCUUCCCUAGGCUGAGUCCAGGGCUGCCCUAGGACAGAAGCCAGAAACUCAAUAAAGUCUCUUU